CCCGCCCGCCACAGCGCCACCUACAAGCGAAUAGGCGAAUAAACAGGAAGUGGGAAGCUAAACGUUUGCUUGCAGCAGUUUAGAGUUUACCAUAGACAGUAAUAAGAAGUUUACCACUGACCACAAGUGUGAUCUUGUGUGACGUUUCGCUGAAUUAAAAUCAGUAGGCUACAAUUUGUAGCGGAAUAUCCAGCAGCUUCAAAUCAUGAUUUGAAUUCCUGAGCUGCCUGCAUUUAAAUGGACAGUGGCAGAGGAGGGAGAGGAAGGAGAGGAAAUCGUGGUGGAGAAGACAGAGAUGUCCGUCUGUCUAAAUCCAUGUCUUAUGCUCUUCGCCAUGGAGCCAACCAGAUGGGUCUUCACAUGGGUUCAGAUGGCUUCAUGUUUGUGGAGGAACUCCUGGCUCACCCGCAGUUCCUCUCAUACUCAUUGGAAGAUGUCGAAAGAGUCGUGGCCACAAAUGACAAGCAGCGCUUUAAGCUUCUUCCCCACCCAGAGGAUGGACGCCUGCAGAUUCGAGCCAGUCAGGGCCAUUCAGUACAGGUGAUGGAUUUGGAGCUGAAACCGGUCAUAGCUGGUUCUCCAGACUGCCCUGCUGAGGCCGUUCAUGGCUCCUACCUCCGCAACUGGAGCGCCAUCCAGCAGCAGGGCCUGAGCCGCAUGAGGAGGACACACAUCCACCUGGCACCAGGCCUGCUAGGGGAGAAAGCCGUCAUCAGCGGCAUGAGGAAAGACUGUGAUCUAGCCGUGUAUAUUGAUGUCCCCAAAGCUCUCGCUGAUGGUAUUGAGUUCUUCUGGUCAGAUAAUGGCGUGUUGCUGACAGCAGGCGACGCAGAGGGAAAACUUCUCCCUAAAUACUUCAGCCGAGCCUUAAGACUGAGACCCACAAGGAGCAUCCUACCACUGCAGUAGCACCAGAGAAUACUGUUCUGUCAUUGGUCAUAGCAGGAAACAUCUGACUCUGUGCUAGCAAGCCGUGGUUGGUUGAUGCUUAGUCUAGUUCCCUUGGUAACACUUUGGCAGGAGCAUCCUUGUGAGGUGAUUGUGGUUAGCAAUAGGAGUAUCCAUUCAGAAAUCAUCCUAAAUGAGACUAAAUUGGUAGACUUUUCAUUUCCGUGUCAUUGAAAGGAUCAGGACGGCUUUAGGGAAGCAUACUUUACUCUUAUAUGACAAUUAAUUCAACUUAUGCUGGCAAAUGUCACUUUUUAUUUGCAAGUAUAGAGGCUUUGUCUUCUCCAUUGUAAGUGAUAAAUAAACUAAAGCACACAUUAACUACCAAGAUAAUUUCACCACGCAGUUGUAAAAUAUAUAACCCUGGUCACAAACAGACACACUGGCUGCUGGCAGCCGGGCCUAGACAUAUUGUAUGUGUGGGGAGUCACUUGACUGAGUAUGGGAAAGCAGAGGAUACAGACACUGUGGUUUUAGUUAACUGACUUCUGUAACUGUUUCUUGUAAGAUAUGGACACACACACACACACACACACACACACAGCAUGUGAGGGGAGAUAAACGUUAGAAGCUUCCUGUGUGAAAAAACAACAACAGAAAUCCCACCAUAUGUCACGGACAUAAGGAGUGAAGACAACAGAGAAUUAAAAGGAAAUUGCUGUAUUUAUUUUAAUAAAUGUUUGUUGUUAUUCAUAAGUUUGUUUGUGUUUACAUGUGUUUUUCUACUCAUUGCUGUUGAUCUUGUGGCUGCUAACAAUGAGACUGCAGCUCUGGACAAAGCAAGGCUUUCUAUCCGAAUCGACAGGAAGUCUGGAUACUGUGAGGCGUAACAGGAAAGUUGCUUCUGGCUGAUGCAACUGUUGAUUUUGCAUUGCCAUGAGUUUGAGUGUCAAGCUUGCUGAUCCUGGACCAGAUGUCCAGCAGUAUGGACAAGUAGCAGUCCAUUAUGAAGUAAAGGGGAAGUCAGUAUGAGGACCACCAGGGUAUUGAACUCUCUCUGUGUGUGUGUGUCUGUGUGUCUGUGUGUCUGUGUGUCUGUGUGUGUCUGUGUGUGUGUCUGUGUCUGUGUGUGAGAGACAAAGGCUGUGUAAAAACUUGGAUGGACUGACGAGGCGGGUUGUAACACAUUUACACAGAAUAUCUUAUUUUGUUGUUGUUGUGUUUGCCUGAUUGCGCCAUAAAAUCCAAUUCCACAUG